UCCCGCUCCCGGCUCCUCCCGCCGCGGCGCCUGCAGCCGCAGUGACAGGCGCGCCGGGCCCGGUGGCGGAGAGAGGAAGUCGGGGCCGCCGCGCCGAGGCCGGUCCCGCGGCGGCUCGGGUGACAGCGCCAGGUACGGUUGCAGCAGGCACCGGGGAAGAUGGCUGAGGACUUCGGCUUCUUCCCGCCGUCCGAGAGCGGGGCGGCUGAGGAGGACCCGGCGGCCGCCUUCCUGGCUCAGCAGGAGAGCGAGAUCGCGGGCAUCGAGAACGACGAAGGCUUUGCCGCACCUGCCGCCGGCCAGGUGGCCGCGGCGCCGCCGGGACCCGCGAGCGGGGCUGGUCCUGAGGACAUGGGGACCACAGUCAAUGGGGACCUGUUUCAGGAGGCUAAUGGGCCUGCCGACGGCUACGCUGCCAUCGCCCAGGCUGACAGGCUGACUCAGGAGCCCGAGAGCAUCCGCAGAUGGAGGGAGGAGCAGAAGAAACGGCUGCAAGAGCUGGAUGCCGCCUCUAAGGUGACCGAACAGGAGUGGCGGGAGAAGGCCAAGAAGGACCUGGAGGAGUGGAACCAGCGCCAAAGCGAACAGGUUGAGAAGAACAAGAUCAACAACCGGAUCGCCGACAAAGCAUUCUACCAGCAGCCGGAUGCUGACGUCAUCGGCUACGUGGCGUCUGAGGAGGCCUUCGUGAAGGAAUCCAAGGAGGAGACUCCAGGCACGGAGUGGGAGAAGGUGGCUCAGCUGUGUGACUUCAACCCCAAGAGCAGCAAGCAGUGCAAAGACGUGUCCCGCCUGCGCUCGGUGCUCAUGUCCUUGAAGCAGACGCCGCUUUCCCGCUAGGCGCCUGCCAUAAGCAGAGCCGCGCGGCCUGGGCUGGGCGCGGGCAGAGGCGCAGCGGCGGCUCUGGCCAGGGAGGGGCUGUCCUCCAGCUGCUGCACAGCCUGGCCCGCUCCUCCCCCUCUGCGGGGGCUGGGACGAGGGCCCCUCACCUCCCCAGCCCCCUCUCCUCCCCAGCCCCCCAGCCCAGCCCCUCACACCUCAGUCUGCUCCGUUGUGACUGUCCCUCCUGAUGUAUUUUUUUUUUCUUGGCUUAAAGGGUGUGUUGUUAA